GCAGCAGCAGCAGCAGCAGCGGGAGAAGCAGCCGCGGCAGAAGCAAGCGUCCGCUCUCUUUCUGAAUAUAUAGAGAAAGGCAGAGAGACAGACAGAGAGAGAGAGACUUAUAUGUGUAUAUAUAUGUGUGUGUCUUAUGUAUAUACAUAGUUAGAGAUAGAUAGAUAUAUAAACAACUCGAGCUCAUGCACCAUGGUUUUUCAAACUAGGCUGUCUUGGAUUAUUUUAUGUUGCAUCUGGCUGCUUCGCUUUGCACACACGGGGGAGGCACAGGCUGCAAAAGAAGUAAUAUUGUUGGACUCUAAAGCACAACAGACAGAGUUGGAAUGGAUUUCUUCUCCUCCUAACGGGUGGGAAGAAAUCAGUGGACUGGAUGAAAACUACACGCCUAUACGAACAUACCAGGUAUGCCAAGUCAUGGAACCAAACCAAAAUAACUGGCUUCGGACUAACUGGAUCGCAAAAGGCAAUGCACAAAGGAUUUUUGUAGAACUAAAAUUUACUCUAAGGGAUUGUAAUAGUCUUCCUGGAGUCCUGGGGACAUGUAAAGAAACUUUCAACUUGCAUUAUUAUGAAACAGACUAUGACACUGGCAGGAGUAUCAGAGAAAACCUGUAUGUAAAAAUAGAUACUAUUGCAGCUGAUGAAAGCUUUACCCAAGGUGACCUUGGGGAGAGAAAAAUGAAACUUAAUACAGAGGUAAGAGAGAUUGGACCUCUGUCCAAAAAAGGAUUCUACCUUGCAUUUCAGGAUGUAGGUGCCUGCAUUGCUUUGGUUUCUGUCAAAGUAUACUACAAGAAGUGCUGGUCCAUUAUUGAGAACUUAGCUAUUUUUCCAGAUACAGUGACUGGGUCAGAGUUCUCCUCCUUAGUUGAGGUCCGAGGAACUUGUGUCAGCAGUGCGGAAGAAGAGGCGGAGAAUUCUCCCAGAAUGCACUGUAGUGCAGAGGGAGAAUGGUUAGUACCUAUUGGGAAGUGUAUCUGCAAAGCUGGUUUCCAACAAAAAGGGGACACGUGUGAACCCUGUGGCCGUGGAUUCUACAAGUCAUCUUCACAAGAUCUGCAGUGCUCCCGCUGUCCUAUGCACAGUUUUUCAGACAGGGAAGGAUCUUCACGAUGUGAUUGUGAAGACAGCUAUUACAGAGCACCUACAGAUCCACCAUAUGUCGCAUGCACAAGACCUCCAUCUGCACCACAGAACCUUAUUUUCAAUAUUAACCAAACUACAGUGAGUUUGGAAUGGAGCCCUCCUGCUGAUAAUGGAGGAAGAAAUGACGUGACCUACAGGGUACUGUGCAAGCGGUGCAGCUGGGAACAGGGCGAAUGUGUUCCCUGCGGGAGCAAUGUUGGAUAUAUGCCCCAGCAAACUGGAUUAGUAGACAACUACGUCACCGUCAUGGACCUGUUAGCUCAUGCUAACUACACUUUUGAAGUUGAAGCUGUAAAUGGCGUUUCUGAUUUAAGCCGCUCCCAGAGGCUUUUUGCAGCUGUUACGGUUACCACCGGUCAAGCAGCCAAAACUAAAAACAUGGCUACCUCAGGAUCCCAGAACUCAGCUGGUUCACAAUCCAGAAAAACAGCUCCCUCGCAAGUUAGCGGCGUAAUGAAAGAGAAAGUGUUGCAAAGGAGCGUGGAGCUUUCCUGGCAGGAACCCGAGCAUCCCAAUGGAGUCAUCACAGAAUAUGAAAUCAAGUAUUAUGAGAAAGACCAAAGGGAGAGAACUUAUUCAACAGUGAAAACCAGGGCCACUUCUGCUUCAGUGAAUAAUCUGAAACCAGGAACUGUAUAUGUUUUCCAGAUUCGUGCAUUUACUGCUGCUGGCUAUGGAAAUUAUAGCCCUAGACUAGAUGUUGCUACACUAGAGGAAGCCACAGCCACUGCUGUCUCCAGUGAACAGAAUCCUGUGAUAAUCAUAGCUGUGGUAGCUGUGGCAGGCACUAUCAUUCUGGUGUUCAUGGUAUUUGGCUUCAUCAUUGGACGGAGGCACUGUGGCUAUAGCAAAGCUGAUCAAGAAGGAGAUGAAGAACUUUACUUUCAUUUUAAAUUUCCAGGCACCAAAACCUACAUUGACCCUGAAACCUAUGAAGAUCCAAAUAGAGCUGUCCAUCAAUUCGCCAAGGAGUUAGAUGCUUCCUGUAUUAAAAUAGAGCGCGUGAUUGGUGCAGGAGAGUUUGGUGAAGUAUGCAGUGGGCGCCUAAAACUUCCAGGCAAGAGAGAUGUUGCUGUGGCCAUUAAAACCUUAAAGGUUGGAUACACAGAAAAGCAAAGGAGAGAUUUUCUUUGUGAGGCAAGCAUCAUGGGACAAUUUGACCACCCCAAUGUUGUCCAUUUAGAAGGGGUUGUUACCAGAGGGAAGCCAGUAAUGAUUGUAAUAGAAUACAUGGAGAAUGGAGCACUGGAUGCCUUUCUCAGGAAACAUGAUGGGCAAUUUACUGUCAUUCAGCUAGUGGGAAUGCUGAGAGGAAUUGCUGCUGGAAUGAGAUACUUGGCUGACAUGGGAUACGUGCACAGAGACUUAGCAGCACGAAACAUUCUGGUCAAUAGCAAUCUUGUUUGUAAAGUAUCGGAUUUUGGCCUCUCCAGAGUUAUAGAAGAUGAUCCAGAAGCUGUCUACACUACAACAGGUGGCAAAAUACCAGUAAGGUGGACAGCUCCAGAAGCCAUACAGUAUCGCAAGUUUACAUCAGCAAGUGAUGUAUGGAGUUAUGGAAUAGUUAUGUGGGAAGUAAUGUCUUAUGGAGAGAGGCCUUAUUGGGAUAUGUCGAAUCAAGAUGUUAUAAAAGCAAUUGAAGAAGGGUAUCGCUUGCCAGCACCCAUGGACUGCCCAGCAGGCCUUCACCAGCUGAUGCUAGAUUGCUGGCAGAAAGAGCGUGCAGAAAGGCCAAAGUUUGAACAGAUAGUGGGUAUUCUGGACAAGAUGAUUCGGAACCCCAACAGUUUGAAAACUCCUUUGGGAACCUGUAGCCGACCAAUCAGCCCUCUUCUGGAUCAGAACACACCUGAUUUCACAACAUUUUGCUCUGUGGGAGAAUGGUUGCAAGCUAUCAAGAUGGAAAGAUAUAAGGAUAACUUUUCAGCUGCAGGAUACAAUAAUCUUGAAACAGUAGCCAGGAUGACUAUCGAUGAUAUUAUGAGCUUAGGAAUCACAUUGGUUGGCCAUCAAAAGAAAAUAAUGAGCAGCAUUCAGACUAUGAGAGCACAAAUGUUACAUUUACACGGCACUGGCAUCCAAGUGUGAUAGACAUUUCUCCCUUACGAGGGAGGUGACAGACUUGAGAGAAUCGUGCCGGCCUUCCAUCACAUGAAGUGCUCCCGGAAGACGCAUUAUUUUCUGGGCCCUUCCUGCAGACAACAGAAGGCUCACAAGAAGCACCUACAGACUUGAACUCCUAAGUGCCACCAGAAAGUUACUUUAAAAAGGGGAAAAAAAUGGAUCCACCGAUGGCGGCAAUGAAAGCAGUGACAAUAAACAAAGUACUACCUGAAACACCUACAAACACCUUGAACUCUCUAACCUCCUUUUUAUCUAAUGGACUUUUUAAAAUGUACAUAAGGGAUUUUAAAAAGAAAGAAAGAAUAUAUUUGUCAGAUGAAAAUCAUGAUAUUAUUGUUAAAAAUCUACAAGAUAUUUUCCUCAAACCAUUGAUUUCAAGUUUUUCUCCCUCUCUCUCUUUUUUUGAGCAAUCAGUUGUGUUCCUUCUUCAUAUAGAUCUUUUAGUGUGAAAUUUAUAUCUUUCGAACAUUUUAGUGCUGAGCAUAUGAUACAUUAUUACACUGGGGACUUUUGAAAGAUUGUAUGAAUUUCUACAGACGCAGGAAGUGUCACUGAGAAAUGUGUAUCAGGCUAGCUACCGGGUAGGUUGAAGUGGGGCUUGGGUAGGGUUUUCUUUCAUGACAUUUAUUUGUUAAUUCCACACCACAUUGAUGUGGUUUGCUAAUUGGCAGGAAAUCAGGAAAAAAAAAGAUGUUGCCAAGAGUUAUGAUAUUUUUAAAAAUACUUUUGUAGGACUAAUCACAUGCUCUCUUUAAACAGGAAAUGAAUAAAAUUGAGAACCUAGCAAUAAUGUUCCCUAAAAAGCCUAGGCACUUUUAAAGAAAUGGCUUCAAAGGUGGCUUUAGUAGGUUGCCUGGUUUAAAUGGAAGCUGUACAUCUGCAACUUGAAACUUGCUGAGACCCCUUUCACUGAAUGAUUGGUUAUAGGUGUGUCAUAAAAACAACAACAAACAGGUACAGUACUGUAGGGUUGUCUAGCCUUUUAAUCAGAGCACAUUGGGGGUUUACUGUUGUUGUGUGUUUUUUCAUGUGUUUUCUUUUCAACAGUUCACAUUAGAAGGUCUAGGAGGAACAACUGGCAUAUGGUUAAAUAUAAGAUUAAAUUGAAUGUAGUCCUUCUUGCAAAAAUAAAGAUCUGAGGGUGCAAUCCAGAAAGCAGUAAGCAUAUCUACAUGCUUCUACUUGAGUUAUCAGGAAUUUAGCAUUUAAUUCUGUGCUUAAAAUACACUGAUUUCUAUAUGGGCAUAGUUCCAGUUCAUAUAUUACCCUAUAUUACCCUCUUUGUGUGCAGUACUGGGUGUACAGACAAUCUCACAUAUGACACCUCUCUCAUACAGAUUACCCUGUGUUUAGUAUCACCUUAUGAUGAAUUCUCGAGGGGCCUGCAACCAAUACGAACAAAUCUUCACCCCCUUUCUAUGGCAAAGAAUUGUGUUUCUUGUGGGAGUACCUCUGUACCCUUUAAUGAGAUCUAGGAAAGCAAAAGAGUUCUGUUAGCUUCAGCUGCCCUGACCAGAGUAACUUUUUUGCAUCUCCUGAGGCACACUGUAAAUAAACAUGCCUCACUUCGAGAAUUAGGCUCACGUGGCAUUUCAGAGAAACAAGGUGCAUGCAAAACAAUGCAUAUGUUUAAUAAUGUGGGUGGCUAAAAUGGCAUAGCAUUGAAAAAAAUGGACAAAUAAACUAUUCAGUUGGGGAAAUGUGUACCUUAGAUGCCUAAAGAAAUACAUAUAUUAGGUUAUUGUGGAAAGUAAGGUCAUGUUAGGAAAAUAUAUAGUGAUGCAUAUAAAUUUCAAUCAAGGAAGAAACAAUAGAGUUUUGCCAUCUGAUACAAAAGAAGACUAGGGGGGAAGUGCAGGUGAAACAAAACAAAAAAUAGAAACCGAGCAAUUUUCAGAUCCUUAGCAGUGAGGAAAUAGUAGAAGGUACUUCUUUUCCAUCUGAAUCAGAGCACUGCGGCCAGUAACAUAUCGUCCAGGCAUAAUCUGAUUUUCUCUAGACUACGUUAUUGGGGCAAGAUCUUAUCUGGAAAAAGAAAAUAAUGUGUGAUUUGACUAGAAUCCCAUUGGUGUUCGUGUAAGGUUUGUGUGGCAUGCCACAGAUAAUUGCAGCUCAUAGACAAGGUGCCAAGGAUCAGCUGCAGUGCAUAACCUGACAUAUGCCCUGAGACCUCAGCCUUUAGCUGCGGUUAAUUAUGUAAACCUUUACGUCAAGACCAAUGAGAUUCUGACCAUUGCGUUACAAUAUUCUAGGACCCAAAUUCACCUAACUCUCUGGAUUGCACUCCUCCUGUACAAGCUCUAAUAAAAUGAAUGAGAAAUGAACAACCGCUAUGGGGCUUGCACAAGGGAUGUUCCUAUCAGAUGGUGCCUUCGGAUUUUCUAUUAGACCUGUAGAGUGUAAGGAAAGUGGCAGUUCGCAAUUUCAAAGGUCUUUUCCUCUUUUUUUAACAAGCUGCUCUAGACACACACUUUCAUUUAUGACUUCUGACUGAAAGGUAGCUGUUGGGUGAGAGAACUCUUUUUUUAAAAAAAAAAAUUAUACCAGUUUUAAUUUAACAUAUGUAUACUUGAGUUGAGUGAAAUGUAGAAUUACCAUAAGCAAUAACAAAAGUGUGUUGCAGGAAUAUAUACAAAACAGGUGAUUUAUGCUGUCAAAAAUAUCAUGAAAAUCAUGAGCUACCCCAGCAGUGAGUAGCUGUACUUCCAAAGAACUGGGCUGCUCCCAUUGGUUUUCAUAAAGAAAGAUCCCAGGGAUCAGUCGUAUAAAUUAAUUCUUGUUAGAUAAUGUGGGCAUCCACAGGGGAAGAAAAAAAGAAAUAAUCUGUAAAUGUUCCUUUGUAAAACUUGUACAUUUUAUUUAUACUGUCUUGUUUUGUACACACAUUUCUGUGCAGUGAGCUCUGAAUACAUUGAAAAUGCACUAUAUUUUUCUAUUUUACUUACAGAGCAUCACAAAGAGAACAUGUUUUUUCAUUGCUACAUAAUGUGUUUUCCAACAUUUAGGACCAAAGAUAGCUACCGAAAACUCAAAUCAUUCCCCUCCCUUUUAUUAUUAUUUUCCUUUUAAAGCACUGUACAGUGUGAUAUUUGUCAUUUAUU